AUGCGUAAUUACAAGGAGAUGGUGCAAAGAUCUAGCCAGUACAGCCAAAACAAUGCAUUCAACUUCCAAGCAGCAAACUCCAAACGUUCAACCAAUCACUUGUUUAGUCCACUGGAUACAAGUUUACGGCGUGUUUCCAUCGAGAAAGUCGUGACACCGAGUGGAGAUGUCUCGACGAACCCUCAAGAAAUCUUGCUGCGAUUCAUUGAGCAUUGGGGCACCAAGAUGGGGGAUGCCAAUAGUCCGACUGGAGUGGCGCCUCCGCCCGAUGACGGCAAACAACGCCAGCUUCUUGACUCGGUCUUGCGUUUUGUCACAGACUCCGACCGCGAGAGGCUCAACGCUGAGCUUACGACAGCAGACCUCGUUUGUGCGAUCCGGCAUAUGAAGGCGACAUCAUCUCCAGAUAUGGACGGCUUGCUUGCUGGAUUGUACCAAGUAGCACCAGACGUGUUUGGCAAUCGUCUUCAAUGA